GAUCUGAAGCAGAAAGACAUGCGACGUCUCGGGUGCAACGGCCGUCAGAGUCAUUGAACGCUUGCAUUUUCCUGGGCCAAAACACAGCUCUUUUUCUAAUUCCGAGACAGUGCCAGCCGAAAGUAGGCUUACCAAACGAACUCUCAACAAAUAAAUAGCAAUGGUGCUGGCCACGCCCCCUGUGAGCAAGGGCGGAAACGCGGGCGGCUGCUUCAUGGAUCAGUACCAGCAGUACUCGGCGCACUGCGAGACGGCGGACAGCGGCAAUGGCAGUGACCUGGAGAGCACCGGGGUGCCCACCAAGCCGGACGACAGCGAGGAGAGUGGUCCCUCCUCGCUGGGCAGCGACUCGAUGCACGGCAGCAGCACGGAGUACGUGCGUCAGGCCGCCUCCCAGCCCAGCGGCCAGCGGCAGCGCCAGAAGUCCUUGAGGGUCCUGGGCGCCCUGCUGCCCGACAGCCUGCUCCGGGACAUUCGCGACCGCCGCGGCACCGACUACGUGGUGCAGUUCUCCCAGCCAAGCGAGGAGCAGGUCCAGAUGCAGGACAAGAUCGCGGAGAAACCCAAGAGCAGCCCGUUUCGCCUGGCCCGCGAGUCGCUGAGCGAGGAGAAAAUCGAGGAGCUGCGGGCGGCCGUGGAGCGGGCCAACUUUGUGCAAACCGGUGAGGAGUCGCUGGACAGCAUCGAGGCCGCCCCGCAGUCGCUGCCAGCGAGCAGCAGCAUCGGCGGACACCGCAGCAACAUCAACUACAAAUAUGCAGACGACCAAUACUACAGCUUUCACAUUAACGAGCACGAGAACUUCAGCAGCAGCUUCUCGGGAAACGGCGACGAGCUGGACAUGGCCACCAGAGCGGGAUCGGAGUGCGGCAUCCUAACGGAGCAGCAAGACCUCUUCGCCGGCUAUCGGGACGUGCGCUGCGGGGCCAGCUCCACGCAGUCCACCAUCCGGUCCGCCAAGGGAACGGUGCGGGGCGUCAAGAACCGUGUGCGCAAUGGAAUAGCCACGUUCUUGCAGCUCCACCAGCAGCCCAAUGCCAAGAACUUCAAGGAGAAAGACCUGGGGAAGGUGGUGCUCUACACGACCAGCAUGGGCAUCAUCCGGGAGACGUACACGAAGUGCGCCAACGUGAAGCAGAUCCUGCGCACCCUGCUGGUGAAGUUCGAGGAGCGGGACGUGUUCAUGAGCGUGGAGUACCAGGCGGAGAUGCGCCAGCGGAUGCAGAGCGGCCAGGUGCGGGUGCCCCAGCUGUACGUCGAGGGGCAGCACAUCGGGGACGCCGAGACCGUGGAGCGGCUGAACGAGUCCGGCGAGCUGCGGCAGCUGCUCAAGCCGUACAAGUCCAUGUCCAGCACCUUCACCUGCCAGACCUGCGGCGGCUACCGCCUGCUGCCGUGCCCCUCCUGCAACGGGUCCAAGAAGUCCGUGCACCGCAACCACUUCACCGCCGAGUUCGUGGCCCUCAAGUGCAUGAACUGCGACGAGGUGGGCCUGGUCAAGUGCCACAGCUGCUGAGUCCUCCCAGUGGCCGUAAGCCCAGUUAGUCUUAGCCACCCCAUUCCCAGCAUCCGAUCACUUUAGGCCUAAGUAGUAGUUAGCUGAAACGUAAAAGGGCUUUGUGUUUUCACUGGCGGGAGGGAACGUAGGGGAUACUGCAACACUUGCUUUUAAAUAAUGUUAGAUUUUUACCUAAGCAUUUGUAUUUGUAAAAAUUGAGAAUUAUGUACUAAACAAUAGGUUAAGUUUAGGGAUAGACUAAGUUUUGUUUACUAAGACUAGAUUUCUAGAUUUUGGAAUAUUCUGGGCGUAACAGUAAAACAAUUUGUGUUUUUAUUCCAGCAAGUAAGCAAUUGGUUAUGAACCCUUUUUUAAUUAGUUAUUUCCUUAGUAGAAAUCGUUAUUAUUUUACAAUUAAAAUUCAAUUUUCUUUGCGUCACUUCUUCGACUCAAUUUACAUCGAUACCUAUGUUAAUGGGAAGUCAAUUGUUUACAAUUUAAAGUAUGGUAGUUAAUUAGAAAAAGAAUCACAAUAUUUUAGAUGAAACACAAAAUGUAAAAAAUGUGAGCUUACUGAGUACUUAUGUAUAAGUCUAUCUAAUUGUAAGCUAGUGUAACAAUCAAUAACACUAAGAAUUCGGCAAUAAAUAUAGAGUCAAAGAAGAAGGCACUAUGUCUUCAUCUGUUCUCAUGUGUGU